CUGCUCUUCCCUCCUCAUGCAAAAGAAAUUAUUCAGGACAUGAGAAAGCUGGCCAGGUCAAGGCCCUGCAGGGAGCCAUGCUGGCAUCUGAGACACAUGCCUGAACCAAUUGAGUUGUUAUAUUCUCUUUUGCUGAAAGGGUGGAGUUCAUAUAACUCUCUUAAGCAAACAUUUAACAGAUUUCCAAAUAAGCAAUUAUUAGUGGGUUUUUGUAGUACCUUAAACCAGUAUAUACUGUAAGUUGAAUAUAUAUCACCUUUACAAAUUACAAAACAAGCUAAGCCACAAGCAAACACAUUUUGACUUUGUAUCUUUGAUGGAGGUCCUGCUUACAGAAUUGGAUUAGUGUUCUUCAGUGUGGUGCUUUCAGAUGUGAUGGACUCAAGCUGCCAGGAAUCCAGCCUGCAUGGCAUAGCUGAGUGGUGCAAGGGCUUUAAGACAUGCCAAAAUCCUCUGUUGGGGAUUCCUGGCCCCAUCCCAGAGACUUUGCUACUUCUUGUCCCUGCAAAGUUGGAGAUCCUCUUGUUGUGUCUUAAGGAAGCAUAACUUUGGAAAAAGUUGGGAAUGGUUGAAGGUCUCCAUGUGGAUGCAUCAGAGGCGCCUAUGGAUCUGAGGUUAAGCGGAGCAUGACCCCUGCUGAGUGAACACAGCUCCCAUGAUGCUGGAGCAAGAAGAGCCCUAAUGGAAUGAGCCCACAGCAUGCCUUUGCCAGCCUUCUGCACCAUGUCUGGGACACACAUUCUCUUCCUCCUCUUCCUCAAUCUUUUUGUAGCUGGCUGGACACAGGGAGCAACAGACAGCGCCCCUUAUCUGAAUGUUGGGGAUGGAACAGUUCUGGAGUUCAGCUUCCCAGAGCAUAGCCAGGGUGUUUUGUUGGUUGCAUGCCGCUAUGCCGGGCCAGGUGCCUGGCUGAGCGUAUCCUCCCUGGAGCCUACGGUGGUAGCCAUAGAGAAUGUCAGUGCCUCCUGGGGAGGGGGCUUCAUGGUUCAAUUCCAGUCCGGCUUGGCCGGUCUGGCCCCGUUGCAGCUGAGGCUGUUGGAACAGAAUCACCUCAUUGAGGAACGGGCUGAUUUCCAGAUCCGGGUUGACAAUUCUGAACUGGAGCCAGCAGUACAGAUGGGUCUGGGCCACUUCUCAGAGAACCCUGUCCUCUACGCCCUCCUGCCUCUUAUCUUCCUCAAUAAGUGUGCAUUUGGCUGCAAGGUGGAGGUGGAGGUUCUCCGAAGCCUGGUUCACCAGCCUCAUCCUGUCAUGCUGGGUAUCCUAGGCCAAUUUGUUGUCAUGCCCCUUUAUGGCUACCUCAUGUCCUUGGCCUUCUCUUUGCCGAAGGCCCUGGCCCUGGGCCUAGUGAUUUCUUGCUCCUCCCCUGGUGGUGGGGGUGGCUACCUCUAUAGCCUUCUGCUGGGUGGAGAUGUCACUGUGGCCAUCACCAUGACUCUCCUAUCCACAAUAGCAGCCACUGGGCUCAUGCCCCUCUCCUCUACCUUCUAUGGCUGGCUGUUGGGGGCGCACGAGACCCUGCACGUGCCCUUCCUCAAGAUCUUCAUCACUCUCCUCUUCAUCGCAGUGCCCAUCUCUGCCGGCAUGCUGAUCAAGUGCAAGCUGCCCCGAGUCUCCCGCCUCCUCCUCCUCCUCAUCAAACCUUUCAGCUUCACCCUCAUCGUCGGAGGCCUCUUCAUGGCUUACCAUAUGGGAGCCUUUAUCCUAACCAGUGUGCGGCCCCCCAUCAUCCUGGCUGGCGUUACUGUGCCCAUCUUUGGCUUGCUGCUGGGCUACCUGCUGGCUUGGUGCUUAGGACUGCCAGGGCCACAGCGUCGGACGGUUAGUAUUGAGGUUGGGGUACAGAAUAGCCUGUUGGCCUUGGCUGUGCUGCAGCUCUCCUUCCAGAGGGCCCAGGCUGACUUUGCUUCUCAGGCUCCCUUCAUUGUGGCCCUGAGCAGCACAUCUGAGAUGUUGCUGCUUGUCUUGGGAAACUUGGCCUACAACAAGCUCUGCUCAACUGGAUCUUGAGGCCCCUGGGAAAGUGGAGGCAGAUACCAAAGAUUUGACUCUGGGUGUGGCCUGAUCAGAGAUGGAUACCAGAAGCCUUAGGAGCUGGAUGUGUGAGGCACCCUCUUGGUAGGGGUGUGGCUGACCAAGACCUCAGCCUGAAGCCCACGAUGGAGUGCUCAGAUACCAAGGGGCCCUUUGCAGUGACACAUCCCACAGGCUGCUGUGUGUGGGGAACCUGCAUUGCCUGGACUUCUGUGUUCUUUUUAAAUUCAACUUGUUUUUCUAUAUGGCAAGAGGUACCUCUGGAGCUUAAAACUUGAGUUGCACAGACCGGGCGGUAAAAUGGGGAUGAAACUGUCCUAUUUUGCCUCACCCACUCAGCGGGAUACAGGGUUUGAAUAAAAAGCAACUGAAGAUAA